GUAGAAAACUCGGAUGAGAGCGAUGGCGCCAGUGGUUUCGGCUGCGCAAGCAGUCGCGACACCGUGCCAGCAUCGACACCAAGUGGUCGCCCUGCUCCUAAAAACUGGCGAGAAAUUUCAGCCAAAGCCGAUGGGGAGAGAAUCGCUCCAAGAAGGCAGAAGAGUAUGCGUGAAGCGCAGGCGAAGGCCCAAACGCUGAAAACGAUUCCAGAGGAGGGCGAGGGCUCUGCUGCGUUCGAGGAUGCUACGCCAGGUAGUACUUUCUUGAUUUUUUAAAUGGCAGCGAAAGUGGCUGCUUGUUCAGUAAGGCCUGCGCUUGCGUAGGAUCGAUGUGCGAGCGACCUUGCCCGGGCGCUGCCUUCUCGGAGAACGUUUGCUGCGGCGAUGCGCGUGGGAUUCGAUUCCAGGCGAGCGGGAGUGCAAUUCAGCAGCUGGGGGCUGCAAUUUCCGAACCGCGCGGGCUGCAGGGUAUGGCACCCCCUCCCGCCCACUGCGUGCGCGUCUGUGCUUCUGUCGCGGUGGUGCGAUGGGUUGUCUUCGCUUUUUGCCUGUCGACCAAAGGCGCACGCCUGAGCGGGCGGACCGAGUGCCGGCGGCGUCGGCUCGGUUGGGUUCUGCUACACGCAGAAAGCGGGCGCGGGGUUCGAGGGCUUCUACUCGUAGGGGGUCGCAGCUGGCUGGGAGGCUAGGGGGUGCGGUCCAAAUGGCUGGGGUUUUGCAUGCUCUGGACCUAUAUGCCAGCGCCUUGCUGGCCUGCUGGCGUUGCGAGCUUAAGAUCGUGGCUCUGGCUGCGGCGGUGCCAGUGCUUGCCGAUGUGGGUGCCCCUGCCCGCUGCCAUUGCUUUGGAGUGUCUUGCGAGCCGUUUCGACUUUCGAGCAAGGCCGCGAGAAUAGGAGCGGCAAGGGAGAAGAAAGCCUCAGAGGCUUGCUGGCUGGUUCAGUACUGUGAUGCCGAGACCCGGUUCAUUCCUCGGCGCAAAAAGAUGGCGGCCAAAAGCUGACGAAGAAACUGAUCGGCCAGAAAGAAGGCGGCCUCUGCCGCAUGAAGCCGCGGCCGAGACAAUUCUCGCUACCUGAAAAUAGUCGCCAAGCUUUCGGGUUUCUGUACGCUUGUCGAUGUGUGUGGCCGCGUCUGUGGGGUCGCUCGCGUCUUAUUGCUGGCAGAGUGGCGACUCGUAUACUUCGAAAGGGCCAACGUGUACCGCAAUGAGUAUGGAUACGCCAAGACGGUGGGAGGCCUUGCUGGUCUGUUCUACAGUUUCGCCCUAGCGGGAAGGCCGUCGGCAAAAAGGCGAGCGCGUGGCGACAGUCAAGACGCUAAAGCGCUUGAGGAAGUAAGUCGGGAGAAGGAGCAAGGAGGAGGCGGCGGCGAGUAUCUACGCAGAGAAUGAAAACGCACAAGGAGGAGAGCGGCGGCUUGCGAUGGUGUUGGUGUCGCCGUGGGGGGUUUCGCUUCGCUGGUGGGCCGUUGCUUGACGGUGGUAGGCUGGCGCGUUUCUUCGGGUUCGUUUAUCGGCUCGCCUUCUCGCGGGGGGCGCAGUCGCUUGCCUUGCCUCUGCGGAGCGUUGGCUUUCGCGGUGGGUGGCAGUUUGCUUGCUGGCGACGGAUGAUGGGGGGCCAUCCAGUUGGUGGGAGUGAAACGCUGGGGCGGCCACUGCGAGCGCCCGUGAGUGCUGCUUGUUGGGUUGUGUGGCUGGGGUCGGCGUGUGUUCUUUGCAUUUGCUUAAUCGGUGUCAGCCACUGCGCCGGGGUUGGCGCUUGCUAGGUCUUCUGUGUUUCAGAGGCUUGCUCAGUUUCGUGCUCGUGGGGCGGUUUGGUAUGACUUGGGCCAGAUGCAGGCGCCCAGGUUUCUGGGGCUCUGGGUUCUGGCGCAGCUCGGGGUCGCUUGUUGUGGACUAUCCUGGGCUGGUUUGUGGCGGCGGCGUUUGUGGUUCUUCUGCUGCACACGGAGCGAGGGCUCGUCGCUUGAGGGCCGGAGAGUGCGCACCGGGCGUGUGGUUGUCUUUGUUUGCGGCAGCAGAUGCGUGGUUCUUUUAUGUGUUGCCUUAUUGUUUCGCGCUCGUCGUCGUCUCUAUCGGGUGGAGUUCAGUCCGCUCAGUUUUAUUGGCAACGCCAAUCUGCUUUUUGAAAAGUAUCUGCGCUUUUCAUAAUCGCCCACUUACUUUUACAGGUGCGCCGAAAGCAGGCAGUCGCGCGGAUGGUGGUUUGCGUAGAAGUGCGAUCUCUGGCCAAGAAAUUUCGGCUGUAAAAGUUCGUGCUCCUGUUGGAUACAAAAGUGGACGCGCAGGCAAUGCUUGCGCACUGCUGGUGGAAGACGAAGCAGAACCAGAGGCGACGCGAAAAAAGAAGAAGGUGGAAGGAGGCGAGGCUGCAUCUACAGCCACGUCUAGUUCUAGUCUUCCCAAACGUCCAGGAGAGUCAAUGUCAACUUCUAUCAACACAAGAGCUGCAGCAGAGCUUCGCUCACAGUUGCAGAAUGAUGGCGAUGUUUUGGGGGAGACUUGGAGAAUAUAUCUGCGGACGACGCUCUUGGUUGCGGUUGCUUGGCGACGUGAUACUUUAGAGGGAGAGCAGUAUAGCUCAAUCAUUAAGAAACCGGCUGGA